CAAGCGUGAAGCGGUAUCGGGAAAACAGCCAUGAUGCGAAGGAAAGGAUGAAAAUUUCAUGCGAUAUAUGUGCAUAUUCGAGCACAAUUUUGCUAGGUCGGGCUUCGGCAUGGCAACACAGAAACCAGUGGAGUGGGUGCAAGCACUCAUUACACGUUUUGAGGAUCAGCUUCCGAUAAGGACGGGUUUGCACACCACCCACUCCCGCAUCAAUGUAGAGCAGAACAAAGAAUGCUUGAUCAACGUCAGUCGAUACAAGUUCACCCUGGUGAUCAGCGGCCUCACUCAGAUCCUGCGCACUGUCGGCACCAUGAAAAUCUUCGGCCCCGAAGCGGAACGCAAUUUCUACGAGUCGCAGCUGAUAAUUCUCGACACACUACAUCAGUGUCUCAAUGGGCAACCGAAAGACACGACGAGACUUGACGAGGCAAUGUACGUGAAACUUCUUCUGCCAGAGAUUAUACAGUUCAUAAACUACUCCAAUGAAAGUCCACUGAAGGCCCUGGCUUCAAAGGUGUUGUUCGCACUGAGCCUUAACAACUUCACAGCGGUCUUUAAUCGCAUUUCUGCCAGGCUUCAUGCUCUGUCUACCUCAAGUGACCAGGACCCUGGUGACUACAGUGAUCUGGAGCUAAUCCAACAUAUCAAUGUAGAUUACACACGACUGAUCAAACUACUAAAUGAAACGAAUCAGAAGUUCCGUAAUCUUAAGAAACAAGUGCAGCCCGUGUUGGUGCACAGCCUGGAGAAGGCAAUAUGGAACUGGAUGGACACUUAUCCGGAAGAAUUCACCGAACUCCAGAAGAAACCGAACGAUGAACUGACAGAGGCGUGUGAGAAGUUGUUUGAUCACUUGGACACAUUCACCGACAACACGAAGAAGAAAGCGACCGUGUGGCCCUUGCAAAUGAUGUUACUCAUACUCUGCCCUGUAAGGAGCGCCGUGCUCACCCAAGUACCUCAAGAAGAAAUCGUUCAUCGACACCGUAAGAAAUCGCUGAUCGGUCAGGGCGGCUCCCGACAGAUGGCAAGGGGCGCUGUAGUCACCUGCGUGAAGCUGUGCAAGGCGUCGACGUACAUCAACAUCCUGGACAGCAGUAAUGUGCUCUUCAUCCUCGUGCACUCCGUCAUUAACGAGCUCAAGCUGCUGCUGUUUAACCCGGUGAAGCCAUUCAACAGCAGCCAGAGCAAGGCCCAGCAGGACAUUGACCUCAUGAUCGACUGCUUCGUCUCCUGCUUCCGCAUCAACCCGCACAACUUCGAGGCGCUCAAGAACUGCCUGCACCCAGCCUCGCCGUUCAGCUUCCACUUUGUUCUAGUCAACGCGCUCUACAGGAUCAUCACGCAGACGCGUCUGCCCUGGUGGCCAAAGAUAGAGAUCGUCUAUAACAAGUCGUCAGAGCUCCGACUCAUGUUCACUGACUGCCUCACCAAAGUCACACAGAUUGCUGGCCAUACCUCCCACAAGGGGGCGCAUUUUCUGAAAGAGAAGGUGUUUAAUCCACCGCUGGGAUUCAAAGGCAAGCCGGUUGAGGAAGGGCCAAACUACAAGUACCUGUUACUGUGGCUAGUCAGACUUAUCCAUGCUGACCCAAUCCUCAUGCUUCACUCCAUGCUGCCGCAAUCCUCGACGCUGCAUAGUAAGGCUCCAUGCGACCCAAUCCUCUAUGCUUCACGAAGUCCAUGCCUUGCACCCAAUGCCUCUACGCUUGUCAACGUAAGGUCCAUGCUGACCCAAAUCCACGCUGUCAUGCGUAAGAUCCCAGUGUCUGACGUCAUAUCCUCAGCUGCUCACCGGAACCGAAAGGCGGCCCACGAGAUAUCAGAGCAGGCAUCGCUGGGAAGCUUGAUCGAAGUGUCCGGUGUCCGCUCGUGCAUCAGGCGUGCGAUGGCCGAACGAUCCGCGUCUCAGGAGGCGAUGGAGGGCGCUGCUAGAGUGUCUGGCCCAACCCGAGCAACAUCGAGCCUUGGAAGCCCCGAGGCACCGCAUCAACACGUUCUGGGACGUGAGUUUGCAGGUGCUUCUUCUCCAGAUCUUGCACAGAAGCUCAUCCAGUCAUCAAUCAUCAAUUACACAGAGAUCCUCAAGGAUUGGAGACCCUGGUUGACUAACGUUCACGGUGGCUGGUCCAUUGUCACCGCGCCAGGUGGUGUUCUUGCAGUGUACCUGUGGAGGUAUCGACAUCCGACGCCGACUGACGGCCCAAUCGUGCCUGCUCGGCGUCGUGCUGUAACCGUCACUCACCUGCUUACCUAUUACCAGGUGUAUUCGGAGCUGGCAGCAGCGAGCCGUGACCUGACGACGGGCCGCGCAGCCCUGCAGAAGAAGAUCAUGUCACUGCUGAGGAAGAUUGAGCAUUCGACGCAGGGCUGCACGCAGGCCUGGGAGGAUACAUUCAGGAACUGGGAGUGUGUGAAGAAGAUGCUUGUUACCUAUCCUAAGUCGGCCGACCACAGCCGCUGCGAGGAUCAGAUCAACGAGUGGGCCAACAUGACGGGGUUUCUUUGUGCGCUAGGGGGCGUCUCCUUACAGAAGAAAAGCCCUGCCCGACCUAGCAGUAUGUCAGCCUCCACGACGUCGCUACUGACCGAUCCGCGCAAGUACAGCAUGCUACCAGGGGGCAGCAUCGAGCUACAAUACUGUCCGGUCACCGAGUUUAUUGGGAUGCUGCUGGAGCUGCUAGUCUGCUGCAACGAGAAGUUUGGCGCGCAGAUACAGAAGCAUGUGAAGGAGCUUGUCGGACACGAGCUCAGCCCCGCGCUCUACCCAAUCCUCUUCGACCAGAUCAAGGUCAUCGUCGACAAGUUCUUCGACAUACAGUCGCAGGUGAUCGUGACGGAUCCACACACGCAGUUCAUCGAACACAUCAUCUUCAUCAUGAAGAACAUACUCGAGAACAAACCGGAGAACUCGUCCGAACAUCUCGGCGUGACGAGCAUUGAGGGAAAAAAAAUGUGGAAGUAUCUGUGUCUAUAUAACCCGGGAAAGGCGGGCCACGAGAUACAGAGCAGCACGCUGGAGCUGAUCAAUGGUCUCGUGUCGCUCGUGCAUCAGGCGUCGAUGGCCGACAUCGCUCAGGAGGCGAUGGAGGCGCUGCUAUGUCUGCACCAACCCGACAACAUCGAGCUGUGGAACCCCGAGGCACCCAUCAACACGUUCUGGGACGUGAGUUCGCAGGUGCUCUUCUCCAUCUCACAGAAGCUCAUCCAGCAUCAGAUCAUCAAUUACACGGAGAUCCUCAAGUGGCUGCGAGAGAUCCUCACCUGCCGCAACAUGUUCCUGCUCAAGCACAAGGACUACGCCAAUGUUGGCAGCAACAUACCCAUCUGCCGGCAAGCCCACAUCAAGCUGGAGGUGGUGUUCUUCAUGUACCUGUGGAGCAUCGACAUCGACGCCGUACUGACGGCCAUGUCCUGCUUCGCUCUGCUGUGCGAGGAGGCCGACAUACGCUGCGGCUCAGACGAGCUCGCUGUCACUCACCUGCUUCCUAAUUACCAGAUGUGUCACACCUCUCACUACCUCACUCUGUGUGUGUUUGUGGUUUACAGGGAGCUGGACCAGGCGAGUAUGGAGGCGGUGGCAGCGUUGCUAGCAGGCCUGCCCCUGCAGCCCGAGGAGAGCGAUCGAGGAGACCUGAUGGAAGCAAAGUCUCAGAUGUUCCUCAAGCUUCUCACGCUGUUCAUCAACCUGCUGAACGACUGCAUCGAGGCGACGGAGGAAAAGGAUGGUUCGCGGAAGCAGAUCGACACCGGCAAACUGCAAGAGCUACGCAACUGCACGGUGCAGGCCAUGUCCAACCUACUCAACGCCAACAUAGACAGCGGACUGAUGCACGCCAUAGGGCUCGGAUACCACAAGGACCUGCAGACGCGCGCGGCAUUCAUGGAGGUACUCACGAAGAUCCUGCAGCAGGGGACGGAGUUCGAUACGCUCGCCGAGACCGUGCUGGCCGACAGGUUUGAGCGACUCGUGGAGUUGGUGACGAUGAUUGGUGACAAGGGAGAGCUUCCGAUCGCGAUGGCGCUGGCCAGCGUCGUGUCGUCACAGCAGAUGGACGAACUCGCUCGCGUGUUCGUCACGCUGUUCGACGCCAAGCACCUCCUCUACCAGCUGCUGUGGAACAUGUUCUCGAAGGAGGUGGAGGUGGCCGACUGCAUGCAGACGCUGUUUCGUGGAAACAGCCUCGCAAGCAAGAUCAUGGCCUUCUGCUUCAAGAUCUACGGUGCCAGCUACCUGCACAACCUGCUCGAGCCGCUCAUACGUCCCAUGUUCUCGCCCGAGCAGCAGAACCUGUCGUACGAGGUGGACCCGGCGAGUUUUACGUGCGCGCAUCUACGCGAGUGCCGCUCAUCGUCACGUUGUCUCUNGAUGUCGAAGAUCCUGCAGAACAUUGCCAACCACGUACUGUUCACCAAGGAACAACACAUGCGACACUUCAAUGACUUCCUCAAGACGAACUUCGAGGCCGGCAGAAGGUUCUUCAUCCAGAUCGCGUCCGACUGUGAGACGAUUGACUCUGCGAGUCACAGCCUGUCGUUCAUCAGUGAUGCGAACGUCAUGGCCCUCCAUCGUCUGCUGUGGAACCACCAGGAGAAGAUAGGAGACUACCUGUCCAGCAGCAGGUCAGUCGUUAACGGAGGAAGGCCGACGUCGGGCAACAGGGGAUGUCUCAUCAUUGCAGAGAUGAGCUCAGAGGGGAACCUCGCGACGGGGGCGUACACGAAAGCGCAUCUGGUGACCUCGUCGUUGUUUCGUCGCUGCUGCUGCAGGGUUGGUGAGAUCAAUGGUGACCUUCUCAUCUACCAUGUGCUGCUCACGCUGAAACCCUUCUACAACAAGCCGUUCGAACUCGUCGUUGACUUCACACACACAUGCGCCGACAACAGAUUCCGGACGGAGUUUCUGCAGAAGUGGUUCGUCGUCAUGCCGGACGUCGCCUACGAGAACAUUGUCGCCGCCUACAUCUACAACUGCAACUCGUGGGUGCGAGAGUACACCAAGUACCACGAGCGCAUCCUCGCCUCGCUCAAGGUGGGUCCGACGGCGAUUCAGGUGACGUCGCUAGAGAAGACGAAGGUGCUGGGUCACUCGCUGCUGCUCAACGAUGUCUACUACGCCUCCGAGAUAGAAGAGGUGUGCCUCGUCGACGACAACCAGUUCACGCUGACGAUCUCGAACGAGAGCGGCCCGCUGUCGUUCAUCCACAACGACUGUGACAGCAUCGUGCAGGCGAUCAUACACAUACGCACGCGCUGGGAGCUAUCGCAGCCUGACACCGUCACCGUGCACACGAAGAUACGGCCCAAGGACGUGCCUGGCACACUGCUCAACAUGGCGUUGUUGAACCUCGGCAGCUCGGAUCCACAGCUGCGAUCGGCCGCCUACAACCUACUGUGUGCGCUCACCGCGACCUUUGACCUGAAGAUCGAAGGCCAGCUCUUGGAGACGUCGGGACUGUGUAUUCCCAACAACAACACGAUCUUCAUCAAGACGAUCAGUGAGAAGCUGGCGGCUAACGAGCCACACCUAACGCUUGAGUUCCUCGAGGAGUGCAUACAGGGCUUCCGUAACUCUCACAUAGAGCUGAAACACCUGUGCCUUGAGUACAUGACUCCCUGGCUGCCAAACCUCACCAGAUUCGUGAAGCACUCUGACGAAGCGAAGAAGCAGCGAGUGUCGCUCAUCCUCGACAAGCUGAUCACCAUGACGAUCGACGAGGUGGAGAUGUAUCCGUCGAUACAGGCGAAGAUCUGGGGCAACAUCGGACAGGUCGCCGACCUCAUCGACAUGGUGCUCGACAGCUUCAUCAAGCGUCAAUGCGCGGCUGGGGCCGUGCAGGCGGAGAUCAUGGCCGACUACGCAGUGGCGGCUUGGCGUCUGCCACGUGCAGCUGUCGCACGCAGGUAUCUUCCCAUGUGCCGGCUCAUCGACAAGACGUGCAUGUCGCCGACGGCCGUGCUCGAGCAACACCCAUGGGACGACAUCGCUAUCUAGCUCGCCUACCUGCACAUGCUUAAUCUUCACAACUGUUACUGCCUAGAUGUGGCGAGUCACCUGCCAUACCUGUUCCACAUCGUGACAAUACUGAUCGCGACGGGACCACUCUACCUGCGCGCGUCAACGCACGGACUAGUCAUCAACAUCAUACACUCGCUGUGCACCUGCUCCAAGCCCACGUUCAGCGAGGAGACACAGCGAGUUCUGAGGCUCAGCCUCACAGAGUUCUCACUGCCCAAGUUCUACCUGCUGUUUGGCAUCAGUAAGGUGAAGUCAGCUGCCGUCACGGCCUUCCGGUCUAACUACAGGACAGGCGAGCGAUCGACGGGCACCGACAGCUGGUCGCAGUUUGCAAUGUCUCCUCCGGAGCAGGAGAAGAUCACGCUCGCUCAGCUGGAGGUAGUCACCGACGCGUUGCUGGAGAUCAUGGAGGCUUGCAUGAAGGACAUACCCAGCUGUCUGUGGCUGCAGCAGUGGAUCGACUCCGCAAAGAGCUUUGCGUUCCGCUACAACCCGUCGCUGCAGCCUCGGGACCUCAUCGUGUUCGGCUGCAUCAGCAAGACGAUCACGGAUAACGAGAUCAAGCAGCUGCUGCGAAUCCUCGUUAAGGCGCUCGAGUCCUUCAACGACAUCAUGCUCAUCGACUCCAUCGUCAUGUGUCUCACGCGCCUCCAGCCCCUGCUCAGACCUGUGAGUAUAUAUACAUGGUGUUUUACACUUACGUGUUCGUUGUCGCAGGCGCUCGAGGCAGUCAUGAUGAGCUCUCGCGAGCCGCUAGAGUGGCACUUCAAGCAGCUCGACCACUCGAUCGGCCUCAGCUUCAAGGCCAACUUCAACUUCGCUCUCGUCGGACACCUCCUGAAGGGCUUCCGGCAUCCCGCGCCGAACACUGUGAGCCGUACGAUCCGCGUGCUCAACAUGAUCCUCAGCACCGUCGCGAAACCCUACAGCAGAGACAAGUUUGAGGUGACUCCUGAGUCGGUUCCCUACCUCGCCGCUCUCGUGUCCGUGUCGGAGGAGGUGCAGAGCCGCUGCCACCUCAAGCACCGGCUGAAGAACACGAUGACGGAGUCGGCUUCCACGGACAGCAUCGGUGCCGAGCUCAUGACACACCAGAAGUCUCCGGGCGGCGGCCAGCCCGGCCAAUCGAGCAGCCCGAAAACGUGGCGCAGCCUCGACCUUGAGCAGGGAGCCGGAGGGCGUCCUCUAUACAAGACGCAGCGCAGUAGCUCCAUGCCGACGCCCAGGACGCACAAGUCAGCCGAGUUGGCCGCGCAGAAAGGUAUGAUGGCGGAAGAGUCGGCGCCGAAGGAGCGAGGUAACCGCGUGUCCGUGUCGAACGAGAACAACGUGCUGCUUGACCCAGACGUGCUCACCGACUUCCCGACCAAAGCUCUCACGCUCACCGUGCUGGCGACACUGGUGCGUAACACGACGGAUGAGAACGAGGCGCGCAUUCUCUACGAGUAUCUCGCCGAGGCAUCCGUCGUCUUCCCUAAAGUUUUCCCCGUCAUACACAGCCUCGUGGACGCUAAGAUCAACAGCGUGCUGGCACUCUGCCACGACCAGGUAAUCCUGAACGCUGUGCAGAGCAUCAUCCAGAACAUGAUCGCAUACGAAGACUCGUCCUCGCAGCAGCUGCAGCUCAGCUACCUGCAAAGCUGUGGAUUCGGAGGGCUUUGGCGGUUUGCGGGGCCUUUUUGCAAGACGACGGCGAGCCCCGACAACGCCGAGCUGUUUGUGAACUGCCUCGAGGCGAUGGUAGAGACGGGGUUGCCCGGGGACGAUGCGGAGCAGCUGUCGCAGUACCCGAGCACACUCUCCGUCUCCUCCAACCUCAACCUCUCCUCCUCCAUGUCCAGCCUCACGCUGAGCUCCCCGACCGAGAAGGAGGUCACGGGGGUGCUGGAGUACUCGCAGGCGAACGGAGCGACGAACAGGAUGCGGCACGGCUCAGCGAACCAGGUGUGCAAGCAGCGAUCGGUCGGCGGCAGCUUCAAGCGCAAGAGCUCCAAGAAGAACGGCGCAAACCCGCAGACGCAGUACGAGUAGUCGCAGGGUCGCCAUGGAGAGUCCGUUGCCGCGGCGACGCAGCCGCAGUGGUGACUGUUCCUAUGAGGAUGUCGGGGCGGCGUCUGCUGGCUCGACCUCUGCGGUAAACUGUUUGACCUUUGAACCCGGGUCGCGCGGCGGCCGGCUUUACCGUGCCGGAGCGUCAUUUGUUGGGGAUGAAGGAGAAACUUGUUGAGAUGCGAACCGUCUCCUCCCCUCUCCCCUUCCUCUCCAGGCGUCGUCGCAUGGCCGGGCGGCCGGGCGGCAGACGCGUGCGAGAGAGACGAGGCGGCGUUAUAUUUGCCAGUCAUUCACGACAUUCGUAAAAUGUAUUUUUAUGCCUUCCUAGUGGGUCUUAGCAAGAGACGGGAGUUCUGCAGGAAGUAGGCUUAUACUGAUGGUGAGACAACAGCGAGGGAGGUGAGGUGAGAGAGAGAGAGAGAGAGAGAGAGUGAGUGUGUGUGAGAGAGAGAAUGAGAGAAAGAGAAACAGAUUGAGGGAGUCAGGAAGAGUGUGUGAGUGAUAAACUGUGAAAGGAGGGUAGGGGAGAGAGAAAUAAGAGAGGAAAGGGCAAGGGAAGGUGCAGAAAGACAAAAGAGGUAGGGAGCACGUGUGUGAGUGAACAAAAGUUUGAGAGGGAAGGGGUGUGUGUAUCUGUACGUGCGUGUGCGCACGUGUGUGAGAGGGAGAACGACAGACAGGGACAGGCAGAGAUAGUGAGACAAAUAAAGACAGAGAGAGUUUAACAUGCCAGGUCAUCACUGGCAUUCGUCUAUCAUAUAUCUUUAUUUGAGAUUUAUCCUAUUAGAAUCUUAAAUCCUUUGCUUUGUGAAUCAUCGUUACCCUAUUUUAUGUGAAGAGGGAGCAAUUCCCAUAUUUUGUCAUCUAGAAUCAAUGAGCCAUUGUUGCAUUGUACAGUGUAAUGUAAAGAGAGAUGAAUGCAUGUGCCGCAUUCUGGUUGGAGGAAUUCGCAUUAAUCGGCUUGGAAUCUGUUGUUGCCAUUGUUGUUAUCGUUGUUGUACCUAAAAGAUGAAAAGUUAUAUAUUUUGGUUUCGAUUAUCGUACUCUCGUGUUGUUGUGAGUUUUUUCCGGCUCGGGGGAGCUUCGUACGCGGCACCUCUCCGUACACGCCGCGGCGCCUCUCCAUACGCGCCGCGGCGCCUCUCCGUGCGCGCCGCGACGCCUCUCCGCACGCCGCGGCAUUAGUGCACGCGUGAGGAGAGCCGGUGCGGACGGAGAGCGUAGUACAAACUCCCGAGAGUCGGCUCGACGAAGGUGACCACUGUGUUUAAGUUUUGCCGUCUUCGAUCGCGGGCUCUGCGAGGGAUGCAUAAAGCGUGUGGGAAGCGAUGAUCGUGUGUGAACCACGCACACCCUUACUGUUGACAGAUGUAGUGGGAUGCAAAUGGUUUUCACACUUACUGCUAUCACCUUGAGUGGCGGUGUUUCAUCUGUCCUUUAAUCUAAUGAAUGGACGUAUGUGCGAGCGAAUUAUCCACACGCCCUGUCAGAGGACAUUGUUGCCUGGUCGUUCGGUCGGUCAGUCUCGCCCAGUUUGUAGGCGGUUUGUCACGCGUGUGCACGCCAAAAUGGCGGAUAUGCAGCAGUUCGCUGCUACUCGUUAUUUUAGAACGUUCUAUCGCAACGCUGAUUGGCUAUGGCUGCGUGAUGUCACGCACAGCAGGCAGAUAGGGUAGUUCUAUCCUAUCGACGAUGUGUAUCACUGCACGUUUCGUCGCUUUCUUCUCGGCUCUCUAUGCAUUCCCGCAGAGCAAGUCGGUCAGGGUCGAUGGCGUCUGUGUCAAGGUUAUGUAACUUGUGAAUGUGUAAUCUACUGAAUUCGCUCGCUAUUGGCGUCUGUCGCGCCGUAAACUUUCGUCGCAUAACUGCAGAUCGAGGACAGCGAGAAUGUUUUAUUGAGAGUUCGAUCCUUCGAUCGAAUUCUUCCUAGAAGAUAAUUGACAGAUUUUGUGAUAAGCACAAUCACAACGUUUGCACACGAUGUUACUAAAGUAUUUUUUCCCCCCGACGGUAACAGCAUAUUUUUUGUCUUUAAAUUUGUCUAAAUAAUAUUUUGCUGUUUUCGUUGGUUAUUAACUGUUGCUUCAUACAUAAAUGCAAGUCUAUUUUACGGUGCCAAAAAGAUCAAAGUAGCAUUUUAUCACGAGUGUUAUGUUCAUCUCUACAAUAACUUAAAUUCCAGGAGCAUGUAUAUUUCAACCUCAUGAAGUGUCGUUUUUCUUUUUCUUUUUAAUGGCUGGAUGUAAUUUGUCCCCAGCCGGACGUAGUGAAAUCAUGAGUUCAUGUGAGCAACUUGUUAUAAGUGGAAUAUUGUGAGUGAUCGUCGUAACAGGAAUCUGUACACGAACUGGCAAUUUCUCGUCGUAGAUAUAUUUCUUCGUUGGUCUCGUGGGGCGGUGAGUUGUCAGGGGUUUCGUCCGAGCUGCGUGCAUUUAUGCAGUAGAGAGAGAAGCUUCCAGCACAGCAGCAAGAGCACACGAUUUGUGUUGUAGGUCUUAACAGGUUAAAGUGCUGCCGCUGCAACAGCUAUAUGUAUAUAUAUAUAUGUAUGUAUGUAUAUUAUAUACACGUUGGUUUUUGGCAAUCUAGCAUUCACUGUGACAGGGGUCUAUGGUUGUAAUGGUGGCAGUGUGUGAAGAGGGCUGCGCCGGACAUUUUUUCCCCAAAUCAAAAUUACGUUUAACCUCGCAUAUUCGAUCUGCAUACGAAAUCCUGUCAGUGACAUGACACGAUAGUUUGCUGCGGAUGCUAGCUACGUGCAUCGUGAAGCAUGGCCGCAAGCAUCGUCAAACACAUUUCGCGCGGUAGGCAGCAACUCUCUUAGCAACGUCCAAGUACCAUCAUGGCGUACGUGUAAAAAUUUAAAUCUAUAAUUAUUACAGCAACUUUUAGCAAGUAAUAUUGUGUAUAUUAUUUAUCUAAUAAAUGUCUAAAAUUCAUUAAAAAAA